AUGUCGUCCCCAGCUCGUCGCGGCCGUGGUCGCCCACCACGAGACUCUGCGGCCACGACUCCUCGUUCGACUCGCUCCCAACAGGUGCCGAGCAGCCCUCAGUCACAAGCAGCUGGAUCACAGGCAACUCCUCGUGCAUCAAGAAGAAUUAGAGCCGAAGAAGCUGUGCCGUCCUCCUCGCCUUUGAUGUUUCCAUCUUCCUCCCCGGCGAUUGCGAGAAAUGAAGCCCAGGAAGGGGCUAUGGAUCCAAGCUCCCCCAUUGGAGACGGCGACACAACGCCCCGAGGCAACAGAAAUGGAAUCAGAGACUCGUCGCCAAUCCGUUACAUGUCCAGCUCCAGCCCACCACGAAAUGCAAAUCGUCAAGACAUUCGCUCAGACAACAUUCCCAGCAGCAGCAGUGGUCUUUUUGUUGGCUCGUCUCGCCCUGAGCUCUCAGACUAUGCUCGUAAUGUCUCGCGCCGUGGAGACAUUCAUUCCGACGCUUUUAGUGGUGUGACACCCAACCGGAGGAGAAGGCUCUUCGUUGAUGCAAAUGGCAUGCCUGUCAAUGAAAGCGAGCCUCACUCCGAUGCCACCUUCUCUAAUGUCAACCCCGAUACUUCAGAGGCCGAUGCCCUCGGCGGCAGCUCCACUCGUGUCAUCUGGGGUACAAACAUUUCGAUUCAAGAUUCCAUGUCUGCGUUCAAGAAUUUCCUGUACAAUUAUGCCAGGAAAUACAGAAUGUGGGCUGAUGGAGCCACCGAGGAUGACACCCGUGAUAUGGGCGAAGCUGCCGAAGAAAAGGAGUAUAUUGCGGUGUUGAACAACAUGCGGAAACUAGGUGUUACAGGACUCAACCUUGAUGCCAGAAACCUCAAGUCCUAUCCCACUACUUUGAAGCUAUGGCAUCAACUACAUGCAUAUCCUCAGGAAAUCAUUCCACUCAUGGAUCAAACGAUCAAAGAUGUUAUGGUUGAACUUGCUUCGAAGGAAAUGGAAAGCUUGAGGUCCCAAGCCCAAAGGAAUCAGCCACGGGCACGCGAUAGCUCAGCACCGCCCGUACCAAGCUCAGAUGCCAUGAGUGAGACUGGACGUAGCCAACCUCAAGAUAUCCCUGACUUGGUGGAGGAAGUUGACAUCAAGACCUACAAAGUUCUGCCUUUUGGACUGGACAAGUCGACCAACAUGCGAGAGUUGGACCCAGCCGACAUGGACAAGCUUGUCAGCAUCAAAGGUCUGGUCAUUCGUACAACCCCUGUGAUUCCAGAUAUGAAAGAAGCAUUUUUCACUUGCCAAAUAUGCAAUCACAGUGUUCGAGUCGAUAUCGAUCGUGGAAAAAUCCAAGAGCCUACCCUUUGCCCCCGACCUCAGUGCAAGAGUCCCAAUUCAAUGCAACUCGUGCACAACCGAUGCACCUUUGCCGACAAGCAAGUCAUCAAACUCCAGGAGACUCCCGAUAAUGUUCCAGACGGUCAAACUCCUCAUUCCGUUUCGUUAUGUGCUUACGACGAGCUUGUGGAUGUGUGUAAGGCUGGUGACCGUGUUGAGGUUACUGGAAUCUUCCGAUGCAAUCCUGUUCGCAUCAACCCUCGGCAGCGAACCACGAAGACACUCUUCAAAACAUAUAUCGACGUGCUUCACAUCCAGAAAGUUGACAAGAAAAAGAUGGGCAUUGACGUGUCUACGGUCGAGCAGGAACUGUCUGAACAGGCAGCAGGGGACCCUGAACAGGUACGCCAGAUAAGUGCUGAGGAGCUGCAAAAAAUUAGGGAGACCUCGCAGCGGUCCGAUGUAUAUGAUCUACUGGCUAGAUCAUUGGCUCCAAGUAUCUAUGAAAUGGACGACAUGAAGAAGGGAAUCUUGCUUCAGCUUUUCGGCGGCACAAACAAGACCUUCCAGAAAGGAGGCAAUCCACGCUAUCGUGGUGACAUCAACAUUCUGCUUUGCGGUGACCCCUCUACUGCGAAAUCUCAAAUUCUCCGCUACGUCCACAAAAUCGCUCCUCGUGGCGUCUACACCAGUGGUAAAGGUUCCUCUGCUGUCGGUUUGACUGCAUACGUUACACGCGACCCGGAAACCCGCCAGCUUGUGCUUGAAUCUGGUGCCCUGGUCCUGUCUGACGGGGGCGUUUGUUGCAUUGACGAGUUUGACAAGAUGAAUGACUCGACUCGAUCUGUUCUCCAUGAAGUCAUGGAACAGCAGACGGUCUCGAUUGCCAAAGCUGGAAUUAUCACUACACUGAAUGCGCGAACCAGUAUUCUGGCCUCUGCCAACCCUAUUGGCAGCAGAUACAAUCCUAAUUUGCCCGUUCCGCAGAACAUUGAUUUGCCACCGACCUUGCUGUCUCGUUUCGAUUUGGUCUACCUCGUCCUUGAUCGUGUUGAUGAGCAGGAGGAUCGCCGAUUGGCCAAACACUUGGUGGGGAUGUACUUGGAAGACGCCCCAGAGAAUGCCAGUCGUGAAGAGAUUCUGCCUAUCGAGUUUCUGACCUCGUACAUCACUUAUGCAAAGACCAGUAUCCAGCCUGUCCUGACCCAAGCUGCGGCGACAGCACUUACAGAUGCCUACGUUGCCAUGCGAAAAUUGGGAGAUGAUAUCCGAGCCUCAGAUCGCCGGAUUACCGCAACGACACGUCAAUUGGAGUCCAUGAUUCGACUUUCCGAGGCGCAUGCACGAAUGCGACUCUCCUCGGAGGUGACGGCAGACGAUGUCGAUGAAGCCGUACGCCUCACCCGAUCAGCGCUCAAGCAGGCUGCCACAGACUCCCGUACUGGUCUUAUUGACAUGGGCCUACUCACCGACGGAACGAGUGCAAGCGAACGCCGUCGUCGGGAGGACUUGAAGAAGGCUGUUCUUCGCACGGUGGAUGAGAUGGGCGCUAGAGGUGUUCCUCCUCGGUGGAACGAUGUCCUGCGUCGAUUGGGCGAAGAAAGCACGAUGGAAAUUGAAAACAACGAAUUCCAGAAUGCUGUUCGAGCUCUUGAGACAGAGGGUCUUGUCAAUACCAUUGGUGAAGGUCCGCGACGGUCGAUUCGCCGAGUCGGAGGAGCGAUCAUGUUCGGCGAACAGCUGCGGUCAUCCAUGAUCAAGGAUUACUAUUGGCACUACAUCGCCUAUGACGAUCUCAAGGAUGCCCUAAAGACGCAGCAUGUGACGGAGCCGACCCCGGCCAAUCCGAAACCAGAUCGCCGACCCUGGACCGAAGAGGAUGAAACUCGCUUCGUGUCGUUGUUGGAGGGCGAGCUCGACAAGGUUUUCACAUUUCAGCGCCUCAAGAGCGAGGAGAUUAUCCGCCGCAUCGCCGCCAGUGAGCAGGAGGUGAAUGAGGUUGUCGGCCGUCUCGAUGUGUCGGCCAGAGACUCCCGCCGCGCCUCCGAGCGACCGGACGACGAGGAUUUCCUUCUGCUCGAGGCCGAUUUGAGUGACAUUAUCGCCGACGUGCACGACCUGGCCAAGUUCACUCAGUUGAACUAUACCGGCUUUCAAAAGAUUAUUAAAAAACACGAUAAACAAACAAAGUGGUAUCUCAAGCCCGUCUUUGCCGCCCGUCUCAACGCCAAGCCGUUUUUCAAAGAUAACUAUGAUGCUUUUGUUGUCACCCUAUCUCGACUCUAUGACAUCGUCAGGACCAAGGGUAAUCCUAUUCAAGGUGACUCCUCUGCCGGAGGCGGCCAGCAAAACUUUGUGCGGCAGACUACCAAGUACUGGGUGCACCGAGAUAAUAUCACCGAGCUGAAGCUAAUCAUUCUCAAACACCUUCCUGUGCUGGUUUUUAAUCCUAGCAAGGAAUUCGAAGAGAAAGACACGGCCAUCUCUUCGAUAUAUUACGACAAUCCAGAUACAUGGGAGCUUUACCAGGGUCGUCUCAAGAAGACCGAGGGCGCCGAGGCCAUUCGACUGAGAUGGUACGGUGGGAUGGAGAUUGAUCAGAUUUUCGUCGAGCGAAAAACGCAUCGUGAAGACUGGACCGGGGAGAAGUCGGUCAAGGCCCGAUUCCCUAUGAAGGAGAAGCACGUAAAUGCCUACCUUUCGGGUGAUAUGACGGUUCAGUCUGUGUUUGAGAAAAUGCGAAAGGACGGCAGAAAAUCAGAGCAGCAGAUCUCGGAUUGGGAAGCCCUCGCAAAAGAAAUUCAAUAUCGAACGAUUACCCGCGGGUUGAAGCCCGUAGUCCGAACUUUUUACCACCGAACCGCCUUUCAACUUCCUGGGGAUGCCCGUGUUCGUAUCUCUUUGGAUACCGAGCUCAGCAUGAUUCGAGAAGACAACCUAGACGGCAAGAGACGAGCUGGCGAUAACUGGCGCCGUACGGACAUUGGUAUUGACUGGCCAUUCUCUCAGCUACCCCCGGAAGACAUCGACCGGUUUCCUUAUGCUGUUCUCGAGGUGAAGCUGCAAACCCAGGCCGGACAAGAACCGCCACAGUGGAUUCGAGAACUCACUGCCAGCCAUCUCGUCGAAGCCGUCCCGAAAUUUAGCAAAUUCAUACACGGCUGUGCUACUCUUUUCCCUGAUAGGAUUCACCUGCUGCCCUUCUGGUUCCCACAGAUGGAUGUCGACAUUCGCAAACCGGUCACACGAAACUAUGGCAUUGGGCGACCUCCUCAAAGCACGAGCAUAUCCACGACUGAUGAUCCAGAUGACGAUGACGAUUCAGACGAUGAUGGCGGUCGUGAAAUGCAUACAAACGGUGUUACAGCCGACCAUGGAGUUAACAAUGGGGCCGUUGCGAACUAUGGGCGCAACGGCAUGCUUCCAGGAGCACCCGGGAACGAAUUGGACGUUGAGGAACGCAUUGGAGCGGACUUUCUCGCCGGCGAUGAUGAUUACCCACUGUACGAUUCUGAUGAUGAAGAUGAUUAUUCCGAGAUCCUGGAGGAAGCACGCCGUGUUGGAGGAAUUUAUUAUUACCGAACGGUUCUAGGACACUAUCUCAGUCGCACGGGUCAUAUCACCUGGGAAGUUCUAAAGAUGCUGGUGCCCAGACCUCGAGCCACCGUCAUGCCUGAUCAGACAAGCCAAGGGAUCGCCGUUUUAGGAAAUGGCAGACGCACUGUGACGCGCUUCUCUGCUCCAAAGGGCAAACGUAUCCACGUUCCCAUACGAGUCGAGCCCAAAGUCUACUUUGCCGCCGAACGCACGUUCCUUUCAUGGCUCGAGUUUUCGAUUCUGAUCGGUUCCAUUGCUGCCACGCUCCUCAAUUUCGGCAACGACUAUGUCACGUUCGCAUCUGCCUGGGCGUUUACUAUCAUCGCCGCGCUGUGCUUACUGUACAGCGCUAUUCUGUACGUCUGGCGCGUGGACAAGAUCCGCAAGCGACGUGACGUCAAGCGCGUAUAUCACGAAAAGUUUGGUCCGACGUUUUUGUGUAUUGGUUUGAUAGUGGCGGUGCUUAUCAAUUUUAUUCUGAGAGCCAAGCAUGGCGGGCUCACCCCGGAUGAUAACAGCGCUGUUGUCUGGGGGCAGGAGGAUCUUCCGCCUAGUCAUGGACUAGAGCUGUGA